CUUCUAUUAAUCUGUAGAGGCCACCCUGUCAGUUCGUGGUUGGCACGGCACAGGGCAGGCAGCAUGGUUGCAGACAAGCCCAAUGGAAUGGUGAACUAUUGCCGCCGGCCCCCUCACCGGCCUUUAGUCCAACGCAUCCAGUACUUCUUCUACAAUCCUGAAGAAAGAACUAUCUUAGGGCGAACUCCUCAUCGAUGGGGAGUCAUCGGGUUGAUCUAUCUGGUGAUGUACAUUUGCAUUAUCAUCUUCUUCUCGCUCUGCAUGUGCGGCCUCAUGGCCACCAUAGACGACACCAUUCCCUACUACACACUCGCUGACUCUGUCAUAGGUAACAACCCCGGCAUGGGACACCGACCAGUUGUGGCCGAAGAUUACGGCCUCAUCGUUUACAACGCCACUAAUCGCACGCAAGUUCAGAAAUACGUCAACAACAUUGACCAGUUCUUGGCACCUUACAACAACAAGUCCCUUCUCGUGAACGGUGGCUCCAACCAGCGCGAAUGUGGCGACGUGAAGCCACCUCGCAAAGAAGUGUGCGCUUUUAACACCAGCUUAUUGGGGCCCUGCAACAGGGAGAAUGACUAUGGCUAUUCUAAUAUGACGCCGUGUCUCAUAAUUAAACUCAAUAAGAUAUACGACUUCACACCGAUUUUCUACAACGACACAAACAAUCUGCCACCUGAUAUGCCGCCAGACAUUGUCCAGUACAUCAACUCUACCACCUUACCGCAGCAGCGCCGCAAAGUGUGGUUGUCAUGUAACGGCGAGCGGCCAGAAGAUAACGAACACCUGGGUCCUCUCAAGUACUACCCAUAUCCUGGACUGUCCGAGGUUUACUUCCCGUACGACAACACGCCAGGUUAUCUAAGUCCAUUGGUCGCUGUGCAGCUCCUUAGGCCUAGAUUGCCUAUAUAG